GAAAGAUGGAUUUAUUUUGGGAUUUUCUUGGUAAAAAUGUGAGAUAAAGCUUGAUUAUACAGGAGCCUUACAGGUGGCGUUUCCAUUAAUGUGUUAAUUGUUUAUGCUUUGACAGACACCAGUCACACAUUUUUGGGUAUGGCAACUAGAAAUUCAGUUCAAGUUUGUGAAAUUAAAAUAAGUUAGGUAUCAGCUAUAUAGAAAAGCUGACGAUUAAUAGAGAUUUUAAAUCGAUUUUGAACUGCGAAUAACAAUGUGCAAUGUGCAGAUCAAGGUGAUGGCAAUUGACAUGACACUCAAUAUGCCAGGUUAUAAAAGAAAUUAUAUCUGAAGUGUCAGGAUCAAGCUGAAUAAAGUAUGGCAGACACCAAGGAGCUUCCUGGAGUUUUGGUUGUUAUUUUUAUUGCUGGGGGUGUUCUGGCAUUCUUGGUUGUGUUUAUUUUUGGAAAAAGGCAAAUUCAGAGGUUUGCUUUGAAAAAUCAAAAAGGUCCUCAUGUACCAGUUGGAGUAGAUGCCAAGAAGACGUUGAAGCGCGAGAUCGAGCGGCGCCUGGACCGCACCGCCGACGUGGUGUCGGAGCCGCUGCUGCUCUGUCCAGCCGUGUCGCCCAGUGAGCCGUUCUACUAUCGCAUGAAGGCUGUGGACGACGCGCGUCGACUCGAGCUGGAGGUGGCAGAGUGGAGCGGCGUGCGCCGGCCUCCCACCGACACGGUUCGCCGCUUCCUGAUGUCGCUGUGCGGCACCCUCCUGUCGCGCGCCGGUCCGCGGGUCAUACAUGAGUUCUGUGACCACUACGAGCUGGCGCGGUACGAUCCGGCUGAGUUCGGGCAGCGGCAGUACGAGCAGCUGGCCAGCCGACACGCCGUGUUGCUGGACAGCCUGCACUCGCACAGCAACAUUGGCAGUUCGCAGCGCUCCACUCCGCGGACCAGGACCGACCCGGAGCUCACAGAGGUCCGUGGCGCCGGGCACCGACGGCCCCACUCGCUCUCCGUCAACAAAAGGGGCUCAGAGACCCCCGUCUAACGGGUUAUACAGUUACACUGCAGCGCCGCGGCCUGACGUCUGUCUGGUACAGCGCUAGUGUCGGCUAUCGUCGCCAGACUGUGCUAGGUGAAGAAACUGAGAGCCCGGGGCCGCUGCGAGGCGAGGUGUGUACUGUGAUCUGUGCUUGGAUGCAGACAGAAUGAGUAGCUUUGGCGAAGGUGCAGCUUACUGUGAUUGCUGUAGGUAAACGCUCGAUGACGGGUGGGCGUAUGUUUACGACUGACCUUUUCUCAAUUUCUGUUUGGCUGUCGUGCCGUUGCUUCUUCAAACUUUACGGUCAAUGCGUCAUUGGUUAACCCAAUAUGUUUAUUCGCCAUUUGCUGUUGCCCGAAAUUCCAACCCUUUAUUCAAGGUCAAAAUUUUCCGCCAUUUGUGUUUAUAAGUCAGUGCGAUGAUAUCAUAGCAUGUUUCAAAAUCAUUUCGCCAACGUUCCAGAUUGU